AUGCGGCUCCUCGAUACGCUUACGUUGGACCUUGGCGACUUUACGGAUAAUGUCCCGCUUUAUGCGAUUUUAUCUCACAGGUGGAGCAACAAGGAGCCAACACUCCAGGACUCUAGGUUCUGCUCGGUUGCAGCCUCCCAUGGGUUUCAGUAUGGCUGGGUCGACACGUGCUGCAUCGACAAGACCAGCAGCGCCGAACUUUCGGAAGCUAUCAACUCGAUGUACCGCUGGUAUAAGGAUGCGACCAUAUGUUUUGUCUACCUGGGCGAUGUUGGUCGAGACUCUUCUAUGUUAAAUAGUCCAUUUCUUGCCAAGCGCUACCCGGGGUUUUCGAAUAGCAACUGGUUUUCUCGUGGAUGGACUCUACAGGAGCCCAUUGCACCCUCCAUGGUAGUCUUUCUGGACGACACUUGGCAAGAGAUCGACACCAAGUACAGCCUACGUUCCGUUCUUUCCGCUAUUACAGGUAUACCCGAUACAAUUCUUGGUGGUGCGUCGCCGUAUACCGCCAGCAUCGCACAGAGGAUGUCGUGGGCUUCAAAUAGGGAAACAACCCGAGUGGAGGACACUGCUUACUCUUUGAUGGGUCUGUUCGAUGUCAACAUGCCUAUGUUGUACGGUGAAGGGGAGAAAGCCUUCCUCCGGUUGCAGCAAGAAAUUAUCAAAACCUCGGACGAUCACAGCAUUUUCGCCUGGGAGCCUCCGGCAUCUAACUCAGAGGACGGAAACACUGGGCUUCUCGCAACCUCUCCGGCCGCCUUCGCCUUCUGCGGUGACAUAGUGCCCUGGGAUUCUGUCAACGCCCAGAAUACGCUAAGUAGGGCCAUUUCGACAGAUAACAAGGGGAUCCAUUUGAAGCUCAUCACGGCGCUGCUAUCGGCCGUCUUGAGGGAACAUGGCGCCGUCGCCAAGGCAUUGAUCGAUGCCGGAGCAGACGCGAAAGCAGCGGAUGAAGCGGGCCAAACAGCUUUGCAUUACGCGACAGAGACUGGACAGACGGAAAUUGUGAAAUUGCUCCUAGACUCUGGCGCUGAUGUUGAACACGAAGACGUCGACGGGAACACGGCUCUGAUCCUAGCCUCGCAGAGGGGUUACCGGGACGUGGAAAGACUUUUGACGAGAAACGUUUUUGACAUGAGAGCUACGAGUUUGUAA